AUGCAGUGCCGCUGGACGGUCUCCAAAACCCUGGCAGACAAUAUCGUUCUCAUCUUCAAAGAGGAGGGGAAGGCGCAGGUGUUUUUGGAGGAACUGACCAAAGUCAUCCCGUCCUUUGGUAUGAACUUUGCACCCAUACAGUGUAAGGUCAUGCUCGUGGACAUGCGGUCACUGAACACGCCACUUACAAUCCAGGGAGAGGUACUGAAGGUUGUGGAGCAUUUUACAUGUCUUGGAAGUUGUAUUAGUUCUGAUUGUAGUGUGACAGAUGAGGUGAAUGCACGAAUCUGCAAGGCUCGGGCCGCGUUUGCUAAUCUGAGACACCUAUGGCGUCAGAGUGAUUUAUCCCUGAAUCUCAAGGGACGUGUGUAUCAAGCUGCAGUAUGGGCUAUUUUGUUGUGUGGUUCGGAACUGAGACGUCUUCACGUGAUCGACAAUCGUUGUCUCAGAACCAUAGCUCGUGUGGGUUGGUGUCCGCGAAUCCAUAACGAGGCAGUUAGAAAGCGUGUUUUUGGUUGUGCAACGGGUACUUCCAUUGAAGAAUAUGUCCAGCACCAGAAGCUGUGUUGGUUGAGAACAUGUGUUACGUAUGCCGAACCAUCGUUUGCCGAAGAGAGUGCUGUUUUCCAUGCCCAAUUCAGACUACCUGUAAAAAGUCAAAUAUGGUCAACUGAAUCAGAUGCUGUAACCCCUUUUUUGGAUAGAACGACCAAAAAUAAAAUCGUCCAGCUGUAA